AUGCCGCGGCCCACGUGCUCACCGCAGCGGGUGACAGAGGCCGCAAGCCAAAACAUGGACUCCUUCCCCUCCAAACUGGCCAGGCUAUCACCAGCACCCUCAAUCAUGUCUGAGCCACAACUACCGCAGGAGGGUGAGUGGAGGGCCAUAUUGCCGAAUUUACUAACUAAGGCAGACUUUGAGGCCUUGUCAGAUCGUCUGGGCAGAGUAGUGAGGGAGGAGGUGGCCCAGCUACGUGCAGACCUGGCUAAUGUGGAGGCCCGCAUGUCGGUAGCAGAGUCUGAGACCAGGGCACUCCGCACAGAACUGGAGCACACAAACUCCACAGUGGCCAACCAAGAAGCAGAUCUUGCCAGCCUCACCACGUGGGUGGGCGACCUGGACAACCGCCGCCGCAGACUGAACCUGCGCGUCCGCGGGGUGAGAGAAGGUAACCCAGCGGAACACAUACCCGACACCCUAAAGCGACUGUUCACCCAG